AUGGUUAAACUAACAUUGAUAGGGAGGUUGAGUGAUGGGUUACCAUUAACUCAAACACCAGAGUACCUAAAUGAGGACAUUGAAUCCACAUCAGAGUAUAAGGAUAAAGGUGAGCUUGUUCUUGUGGAGGUUUCAAGAAGAGGAGCUUUGGAAAGCUCAGGGAUGACUGUCCUCAUUGAUCACCAUUGUUUUCAUUGUUUGAUUAGCAACAGUGUGUGUUAUCUUACACUCUGUGAUGUUCAAUAUCCAACAAAGUUGGCUUUUCAUUAUCUUCAAGACUUGAGAAAAGAGUUUGAGAAGGUGGAGUUAAAGAUUGUGGAGGCUUUCUCUAAGCCAUAUGCAUUCAAAAAAUUUGAAUAUGUGGUUGGGAGUAUAAGGAAACAAUAUGUUGAUACAAGAACACAAGCAAAUCUCUCAAAGAUGAAAUCAAACAGAGUGCAAGAUCUCAGUAUAGUCACAGAGGAUUUCUCUGAAUUCAUUAACAGAGUUCAAGCACCUGUUGUUGAUAUGCUUAGAACUGAAUCCGGAGAUUGGAAUACAAAGGUUUUUCAGGAGAUUGCUCUCAAAUGGACACCCAUUGUUAUCUGUUUUGUAGCUGUCUUUGUUGUAUUCUGGUCAAGCAUUGUCAUUACAGAGUAUAGGCUGAUUGCAACUUAAUGAAAUUUCUGACAAAGAAAUGCAAUAACAAA